AGCCCAGAGGCCGCUCCCGGGCCGAGGGGCUGCCGGGGAGGUGACGUCACCGCAUGACUGGGUUUUUAUGAAUGAAAGGAAUCCUGUGAGUGAGUAAUUCCGGGAAGCUCGCCUUACAACUCUGAGCGGCCCACCGCGCCGCCCGCCCCACAACAAAACUCGGUGCGUUGCUCCCAGGAGCCUGGCUCCGAGCGACCCGCGGUCGGGACCAGAGGGAAGACGGACCCGGGCGCCGGCCAGGACAGUAGCCCGCACAACAGCGGGACUCGAUCGUGCCAGGAGCGCCAGGCGAAGCGGGCCGAGAGGCGGGUGAGGUCUAGGACACCUUCUGCAAACAUGUCUGUGGAUCCCUUAUCCAGCAAAGCUCUGAAGGGCCCACAGGCAAGGAUGCGACCCUGGGCCUCAGUUUCCCCAUGCGUCCACUGUGCUGCCGCAGAUCAAGCGCGAGCUGAGUGAGAAUACGCCGCACCUGUCGGACGAGGCCUUGAUGGGGCUGUCUGUGCGCGAGCUGAACAGGCACCUGCGCGGGCUCUCAGCUGAGGAGGUGACACGGCUCAAGCAGCGGCGCCGCACGCUCAAGAAUCGCGGCUAUGCGGCCAGCUGCCGCGUGAAGCGCGUGUGCCAGAAGGAGGAGCUGCAGAAGCAGAAGUCGGAGCUAGAGCGCGAGGUGGACAAGCUGGCGCGCGAGAACGCCGCCAUGCGCCUGGAGCUCGACGCGCUGCGCGACAAGUGCGAGGCGCUGCAGGGCUUCGCGCGCUCGGUCGCCGCGGCCCGCGGGCCGGCGGCGCUCGUGGCGCCCGCCAGCGUCAUCACCAUCGUCAAGUCGGCCCCGAGCCAGAGCCCGGGUCCAGGCCCCGCCCCCGGCCCCGCCCCCGCCGCCUGCUCCUAGUGCCCGCCGCCACACGACCAUGCCCCAUUCUCAAAACCACGCCCCUCCGACCCCAGCUCCCUUCCCAAAGUGCCUAACUGCCACCUCUGUCCCCAGGUGCCAUUUCUCUGCAGCCACCAACCCCAGUGGUGUGAUCACACGUUCUCUCGCCAGAGCCUGUCUUCCUAGUGGGACCCCGAAACUGGGAUCUAAUGGCCCUGGGAAGGGGCAACAUUGGUGAGAGGAGAGGGUGGGGUAGGGGUCUGGAGUCUCCCUUGGCUGAAAGUUUAGCCGCCUUAGAUUGGAUGGGAUACAGAGUGGAUUAGAGAAGAGCCAUAGAGAACAAGACAGCCACCCCUCAGUUUGUAAACUGCUUAUACCAGUGGCCCCUCCCCACCCUCCUGGGAUUCAGGACUAAGUUUGGCCCGGAUGUGUCUUGUGGGGCUGUCCAACUGGGAAGCUGAUGCUCCCACCUCUGAUUUGUGCCUGAAGGUGCCUGGCCUUCCAAAGCUGGGAGAGUUAGAAAUCGCUUAGUGAAGCCCAGUUGGGGGAGGUGGGGGGCCGCGGACAGACCUCCAAUGGAUGGGUGAGACAGUGCCCAAGGCCACAGACGCUUAGUGGUUGAGUUGGAACUAAAAGCCACGUCUUUCCACUGCUGCCCUGAAAUCCCAGGCAUGGUGUCAAGGGGGACAGUGGACAGGGACUGAAAAAGGGUGGGAGGGCCUCCCUGGCUUGGAAGAUGGCUCUCUGUGAGUGGGGUGGGGGGGGGGAGGAGGAGAAGUAGAGGGAAAGAGAAGGUGAUUCAGGUGGAAGAGAGGGAAGGAGCUGGCCAGCCCAAGAGAAAGGGGACCAAGGAAGCGACCACUGUGGCAGGUGGGGAGAAGACAGAGCCUGCAAAUCCUGCAGACUGGGGUAGGGGUCCUUAAAAGGGAAGGGUGCCACCUGUCCCCCUGUGACUGUCCACUGUGGGGUGGGGGCUGACGGCUGCCACUGAUUGUCACCUGUUCUCCUAGGAAGCCCAGACCCACCUCUCCCUCCACACUGUAUACAGCUGCCCUCCCCGCUCUUUAUUUAUUGCACGAAUCUAAGUUAUUCUACCCAGCCAGAGCCCUAGUGCCCACUCCCCGGGAAAAGUAGCUAUGGCCCUGAGCUGGACUUUAUAUUUUAUAUCUGCAAAUAAAUCACAUUUUAUCUUAUAUUUAGGGAAAGCCGGAUGGCAAUAACCAUCAAAAAAUGUUUUAUAUAAAAAUUGCCCGGCCCCCAGAAUUUAUUUAUUUUCUGACUUACAGUAAGCGAGUUAUCCUCCUUCUGUAUUUUGUAGACUUUCUGAAUAAAGUCAAGUUCUUUUUCCACAGUGAA